AAUAAUAUCAGCAAGACCAUUAGUAUCGUUAAUGCCGUUCGCACAGGUAUUUAUUUGUUUGGUUUUAAUAUACUGAGCCUAUAUUAAUCGAAUAGGCCAAUUAUUAUUCAUUAUCAGGCAAUAUGGAGGAACUAUUAAGGGGAAACCUUCAGGACCAAAAAGUGUCCACUUCGGAGUGUCUCCAGAAUUAAAGAGUGAGUAGGCCUACAUCUAUUAGGUGAUAACCGAAAACGUGAUUCCCCUUAAUAGGGGGUUUUGGCACAUCAAUACAAAGAUGGCAUAGAUUAUAAUUUUAUUUUAAAUGACGUGCACGAGUGACAACAUAAUUAAACUAAAUUGUAACAAAGGGCCUAUAAAGAAAGAUACAGCAGCAUGAAUAGAGUUACUUGUAUGAAUUUGAAUCCUUAAAUAUAUAUACAUAAAAAAGAGAACAAAUAAAUCUCAUAGCAAGUGUCAAAAUUGACAAAGAUUAGUAACACACUGUAGGCCUACACAGUGGACCUAUCUGAUAUACAUUUUAAGAAUCAAUAAAAAAAUCUAUGGCAAACUUAUGACUAAAAACUUACAAAAUUUAAAUGUCAAACAGAUACCAUUAUUUUGAUUCUAUUGCAGUUGUAGCGAUACAACAAAAAAAUAGUGUCUCCUUAUUAAUAGUGGUUGAAAAUGUGUUGAUUUGAUCACCAUUUCGUACCCUCGGAAAGUGUUCCAUCCCCUUAAUAGAAGUGUCCCCUUAAUAGGGGUUGGCAGUAGUGUCACGGAUAAGUUUCUCAUAUAAAGGUCUCCCCUGAAUAGGGACGUCACACACAAAGAAGGGCUAUACUGCGGCUUGGUGUAUUGUACAAAAUGUUUUUAUAGAACCAUAAAUAGGUAUUUGUAGCAAAAUAUCACAACUGUAUACCAGUGGCCCAUCUAGGAGUUUUGAAAUGGGGGCGGCUGAUUGGGGCGCGAAAAUUAGGUGAGGGGUGUAGCUCGCAAAAUAAGGUGAUUUGAGGUGAUUACUACUACUUGAGCAUUUUUGUGGGGGGGGGGGGAACUGAGGGGACGCAAGUUCAUUCGGGGCGUGCGCCCCCUUAGAUACGCCACUGUAUAUAACGUUUCUAACGUUGCUGCAAUGCAGUGUAACUCCAUCGUCCCACAUACCUAACUACGUUAGGCCUAAUAACCUCUUGCGUUUGGUAUUUCAAGUUAAAUCAUUAAAACCCAACUCUUACCCAUGUGUGUACCAUCAAAAAUGUUUAGUCAUUUACUCGUGCCGAGUUCGGAUUGGAACUGGUCCAAUUUGGUUCUUGUUAGAUCUUUGGUUCGAGUUAGAUUUGGUUUGGUUUUGGUCAAAGCUAAAUGUUGGUCCGAGUUAGUAUUGGUCGGAUUUGUAUGCUGUCCAACACCCAAACUGUAUACGAGGUUGUUGAUUCUUGUCCGAGUUUAAAAUUACUGGUGGUAUUAUUCGUUUACAAGAUUAAGCCUAUAGAUGGUGAAACAGUGCGUGUCCUUAGUGUAAUCACUCUUGGCGGUAAGCUUGUGGCGAGAAUUCUGGGAUCGACUUCAAAAUACGCUGUAAAAGCUAUUGGAAAUGUAGGUAUUCAUCUUGUAAACGACGUAAGCAAAGCAACAAAGCGGACUCUUGGCAUCGUUUCUAGGGCCGCAGGGAUAACGGUUAGUGCAGCCGCCAUAGCUGUAAAUAUACACACCAUUGUUUCAUCUGCACUCGACUUGAGCAACAACUGUCCAGACAAAGCUGCCGAUAAAAUCGAAGAAAUCGCAAAAGACCUCGCAAACAUCGAAGCACCAACCCUGGAGGAUUUAGUCAUCGAAUCAGUAUUAGCAGCUGCAGAUGAAAUUCAAAUACCACAUGAGGGUGAUAUCAACUGCAGCGAAGAUGACCAUCUGUUUGAGGAUUGUGUAGAUGAUACUUAAUAUAUGGCAUCCAUUUGGAGUACUGCAUACUGCGGUAGUAGAAUUUCUCUGUAAAAUGGAAUGUUGAGGUAGACAUUCUGACAGAUGACCAAUGGCUGAUAGCAUCUUGUCCGAUAAUGGACUGUUUUGAGUAAUUUGGCCUAGUUCCUGCAGUAUACUCAUGCUCCUAUAAGGAGCCUAUUUAUAAAUAUUAUAUUAUCCCA